GCAGAACAUGAGAAAAAAAUAGAUAUAGGUAGAGAUAUUAAGAGAAGCCAUGGAAGCAAAAAUAACAAAGCUUGGGAGCUCUAUUCCAGUGCCAUGUGUACAAGAGCUGGCAAAAGAAUCGUCUACAACAGUUCCACUAAGAUAUGUGCGACCUCAUCAAGAUUCUCCAAUCAUAUUUGAUUCUGCAUCUCUACCCCAAGUUCCUGUCAUUGAUUUGCAGAGGUUAUUUUCGCAAGAAUUUAUGGAUUUGGAGCUGAAUCAGCUCCACCAUGCAUGCAAAGAAUGGGGUUUCUUUCAGCUAAUAAAUCAUGAAGUGAGCACUUCACUAGUGGAAAAGGUGAAGGUAGAAAUUGAAGAAUUUUUUAAGUUACCAAUGGAAGAAAAAAUGAAAUAUUGGCAAAAGGCAGGAGAAAUUGAGGGAUUAGGGCAAGCUUUUGUGGUGUCUGAAGAGCAGAAGCUUGAUUGGGGAGACAUGUUUUACAUGAUCACUCUUCCACAUUAUUUAAGAAAACCCCACUUGUUUCCUAACCUCCCCCUCUCAUUUAGAGAAUCAUUGGAAGCUUACUCAGAAGAAAUGAAAAAUCUUGCCUUGAGAGUCCUCAACCUAAUGGCAAAAGCUCUCGGAAUGGAACCUAAAGAAAUGACGGAAGCAUUUGAAGAUGGGUGCCAACAAAUGAGAAUGAAUUACUAUCCUCCAUGUCCGCAGCCGGAGUUGGUCAUGGGACUCAACUCCCACUCCGAUGGCGGUGGCCUCACCAUCCUCCUUCAAGUCAGCGACGUAGAAGGGUUGCAAAUCAAGUAUCAUGGAAAAUGGGUUCCGGUUAAACCACUUCCUAAUGCUUUUAUCGUCAAUAUUGGAGGCAGUCUGGAGGUGUUGACAAAUGGAGUAUAUAAAACCAUUGAGCACAGGGCAACUGUGAACUCAGAUAAAGAGAGAAUAUCCAUAGCCACAUUUUAUAGUCCGAAAUUAGAUGGCGAAAUGGGUCCGGCACCGAGCCUCGUUACUUCAGAAAGACCGGCAGAAUUCAGGAAAAUUGGAGUUGCAGAUUUUUGGAGAUCAUAUUUAUCAAAAGAACUUAAUGGAACAAAGUACCUUGAUUUUUUGAGAGUUCAUAAAUAAAUGAUUUUACAAGUACUAUUUAACAAGAUGGAAAUGUUAUUGUAUGGUGUGGUUUAGGGUUGUUCAAAUUUAAUUUGGUUGGGUUAUGAACUUUUAGAAGCCCAAUAUUUAAGAAAUAUGCAUUUUUUUUUAAA